UUGCAGGUGUGGUAUGUGGGUGAGGCUCUCUAGGCAAAGAGUCAGCUGAGUUUCAGUUGCAGCCAAUGUGAAACACACUCACGCAGGCAAUGACAGGGGGAAAUAUGGGCUAUACAGGAGCUGAUGGAUUGGGACCCUUGGAAACUUUGGGACACAUAGUUAUUAAUCUACCAGCAGAACAGCGCAUUUUCCUGACUGGUCAGUUAUCAGCCUUGACCCUGGCAUUCUUGUUCCGUUGGCAUCUACCUACCUCACAAUGUGGCCCAAUACUCAGACACAGCAUAGCUUCUCUGCUGGGCAUCUGCCUGUCCAUCUACUGCUUUGGCUGGCUUACCCUAUUUCUUAUUGGAGAACUGGUCCUGGGAUAUCUCCUGCUGCUGCUUGCUGAUUAUAGAAGAGUUCAUGUGUAUACCCUGUUCCUAACAAUGGGAUAUCUGACACUUUUCCAUAUUCAGAGAUAUCUAUACCCUGCACAAGAUCAGAUGGACUUCACUGUGCCCUUGAUGAUGUUGACUCAGAAAAUAAGCAGAGUGGCUUUCGAAUUUCAUGAUGGCCAUAUCCAGACAGAGAAACCUCUCAGCCCAUUACAGAGACGGCUCGCUAUUCGGACCAUGCCCUCCACUCUCAGUUAUGUCAGCUAUACCCUGGGUUUCCUAGGUCUUCUGGCUGGCCCUGUGUGUUCAUAUAAUGACUACCAGAUAUUUAUUCAUGGGAAUGAAAAGACUGGCAACCCAAAUGUUGCUGUAUCCAGAAAGCUAAGUCUCUGCUGUCUCCUUCUGGCUGCCCACCUUGUCCUAUCAGAUCGUUUCUCUGUAUCUGAAGACCCGGAUCGUUCAGUGUUCAGUCAAUAUUUGGAUCUUUACCUUAUGGCAGCCUCCAGGAGACCAAAGUAUUAUUUUGCAUGGACCCUAGCAGAUGCUAUUAAUAAUGCAGCAGGAUUUGGAUACAAUGGCAUAUCUGAGGACGGAACAGAGAGAUGGGAUCUUCUGUCCAAUCUGGACAUAGUGAAGAUUGAGACGGCUACAAGCUUCAAGAUGUUUAUCGAUAACUGGAACAUCCAGACAGCAGUGUGGUUGAAAGAGGUUUGUUAUGAUCGAAGCCCAUAUAAUCCGCUGUUAUCCACAUUCAUGUUGUCAGCUGUUUGGCAUGGAGUACAUCCUGGGUACUACCUCACCUUUCUCACUGCUGUGCCCAUAACUGUGGCAGCCCGGCAUGUGAGGCGAACCAUACGCCCAUGGUUCCAGGGUCAUGUACUAAAUAGAACUGUGUAUGAUGUGAUCACAUGGUUGUGUACCCAGAUAGCAAUGAGUUACACUGUGGGCCCAUUUAUGCUGCUUGAGCUUGGUCUGUCACUGAAACUGUACAGAUCUCUGAGCUUCUCGCUGCACAUACUCCCUAUUUUAUUAAUUAUGGUACUUCACAAUACCACAAGACCCCAAAGUAUAGAGAAGAGCAACCACACCACUAUAGCCUGUAAAAAGAACACCAAUCAAAUGAAGAAAGGCACUUGAGGGAGUCAGCGCAAUGUGCAUGCAUGUGUGAGUGUGUAGAAAUAAUGGCAAUGGCAGCUUAACUGUUUCAUUCUUAAGGGCACUGUGAUUAAAAUACAAGGUACACUUCUGUGAAACUUGCAGUGUUGUGCUGCUCUUGAAUAUUUGUGUAAAAUUGUGUUGAUUGUGAUGUCUGGACUUAGUAUUUUGCACUACUGUCUUCCUAGUUGGAAACAGAGCUCAUUUACUAACUGGGACUUAUUUGCACCAUGCAGCUAACUUAAGGGAACAGUAACACCAAAAAAUAAAAGGGUUUUAAAGUAAUUAUUUAUGUACUGGUACCCUACAUUGGUAAAAGUUUAUAUAAAUAAGGUGCUGUGUAGCCAUGGGGGUAGCUAUUCAAAUUGAAAUAGGGCUAAAUGGCACAGG